ACAUCACUAUUGGCUAUUGCCACUACCGCCACUAGCUGAUCUAUGGGAAUUUCUCUUCCCUAGUUCUCCGACGCAACAAAGGGGUGGUGGUUCUACACGGAAUUGAAUAUUCGAAUUUCUCAGACGGAGGCUUUCCUCGUCAACAAAGCUUCGCCCCACCUCCAUCUAUACAUAACUGCUUGCUAGGUGUUCAAUGCAGUGCCAGAACUAAAGUUUUACAGGAAAAAUUGCCAUGGACGAACCUUGUUCCGUAAAUAGCCCUCGUAGGGUCUUGAGUUUCUCCAAGAAUCGGAGGGCAAACGUGUCAUUUCCCGAUCCCAACAACAGGGCUUCAUCUUCAUCGGGCUUUGGAGUUUCCGGGGACCAUGGUCCAAAGCCCUCUGAAGUUUACGGAUUUGUUGGAUCCAUUACCACUGUUGUUGCCACAGUCAUUUUCAUUAUAUGGGCAUAUGUACCUGACUGUUGGUUGCAUUCUAUUGGGAUCUAUUACUAUCCAAGCAGGUAUUGGGCACUGGCUAUGCCAACUUAUGUAAUGGUGACAAUAGUACUAGCAAUUGGAUUUUACAUUGGCUUGAACUUUAUGGCUACCCCUCCUCCAACCUCCUUGAGCACAAUGUUUGAUGAAUUCAGUAGAGAACAACUUAGUGGCAUUCCCUCGAUCGACAAUGAUGAGCAGCCCAUUGAGCCCAUAUCUGACAUUGGCAUUGAUCAAAUCAACGGCAUCAUGUUUGACAAUCUGACCAUGAAUCCUGCCUAAGGUAUAGUUCAUUUUAGUGAAAUUGUCUUGUCAUGGAGUUUAUAAUUGAAUAUUUUGUUGAGUUCCAGACUCUAAGCAAAACUAUCAGAAAGAUCAAAUCAAAUAUAUUGAAGGCUGGUGCUGUAAAAAUCAGCCCAGUGUAUUUCGUGUAUGAACAUAGCUUUAGGAGGGUGUUUCUAAUAUUUGUACUUCUUUCCCGUCAGCCUUUUCUAUGUCGCAUUAUGCUGCAACUGUAACAAAGAUCCUCUGAAAUACGUUAGUUUUACUCAAAUUUACAACUACAGUUGUUUUUGCAA